UAUGAGUCCCUGCUGUUGCUGGAGGUUGUUCCUGUGGUGGUGUCUUCAGUCAUCCUACAGUCUGCAGAUCGCACUCAGACUGAGCUGAAGGUCACAGGUGGAGGAAACAUCAGUCCUGUUCUCAUCAACCCCACCCUCUGUGGUAAUGUGGUGCUGAAGGUUCUCUAUGUGAUAAAGUACAACCCACAGGGUAAGAUAGAAAAUGCAACGGUGUCUGUGGUGCUUGGAUUUGUAACUGAAGCUGUGCUGCAUUUGGAACAGGAGUUUCAGGUCACGUACAUCCAGGCAGAUGGGGGGGACGUGAAUGUCCACUACAGCGGAAAUCCAGGUUAUGUGGUCGGCCUGCCGCUUACGUGUAAUGUUUUGAUGUUCUCUAAGAACCAGGAUUUGUCCAUAACAUUCCUCUCCACUGGGAUUGUCAGAAGCAUUGACCUCAGAGACGCUCUGUCUCUGCUCCUCAGCACUGAGGACCAGGACUGUCUGCAGGGUCCACAUCAGCGCUCACCUGUCCUCUUUGGUCACGACUCUGUGUCUGGCUGCCUGUUAAGGUUGGAAGAUGGUGUAAAUUGCACUAUUGUCUCGCAAGAGCUUCUAGGAAUUUUGAGAGGAUUUAACUAUCCUUAUUAUGUGGCUUCCUUUGGAAACUCCCGCCUGGACAAUCUCCUGGACUGGGUGCAGAUCAAGACCAACUUCAAUCCCACAGUGAGUGAGGUCAAACAAGGGGCACAGUAUCUUACGAUGAUCACUGUCAUUGCACUGAGUGAUGAGUCAGAUGCUCUAAAUAAAUGGACCAAUUACGGAUCCUUCGUGAAUCCUCAAGCACAGAUUGUGAGCAUCAAAGAAGUAAUUCAGAGCAACACCAGCAGUUUGACCCUGUUGUCCAGAGGCAGCAGUGUCCUUCCAAUCAGAAGCUCAGUGGCCUUCAUCCCAGUAUCUGCUGCUGCUCUUCCUGGUUACAGGGCCACACCUACCAUCAAUGCCAAACUGCCCUUUGACUUCUUCUUCCCUUUUGUUUGAUCCAACUGCAGCUUUCACUUAUUUAAGCUUCCCCAUAAACACUGGUACAGUGUGUGGUCAUCACUAGUACUGUUAUUGGACCAUCAGUCUGCAACUGUGUAUUGUGUGAAUAAUGUACAUCUGAGUUUUCCCUUUUUUAUAAUAAAAUUUAAUACAUGGUUUCA